UUGUUACACAGGUGGUGGAGCUGGAUUAACAUCAUCGCGGCUGUGAAGCCGGGAAGUCUGAGUCAGGCCGAGGUCCCUGAAGGCCACAGUUCCCGGGAUGUUCCCACCCUGUCCCUCGCGCUGGGCUCCGGAUGACGCCACCUCUGGCUCCGCCCCUCCUUAAACUCGCUCUUUGCGUUCAUUUCAUUCCUCUUCUCAUUCCGAGCAUUCUUCGCAUCUCUGUCAGUGCGCGAAGCCAGUCACCGACACCUUCCUGGCUGGCCCAGAAACACCAGAAUUACUUGACAUAGUAUUUAAAAAAAAAAGAAAAAAAAAUACCCUGUAAUCUCACAUUAGCAGAAAGGGACAUUUUUACAUGAGAUAUCAAUAACGAGUUGCUUCAGCCUGGAGUUGGACGUUUCACCGGAACAGCUCGAAAACACGGUGGAGAGACUUGUUGCUUCGACACGUUUGACGGCGCGUUUUUAACCGCAAAACAACUUGUGUGAACUCUAGGUCUUUCCCUAGUCUGCUCCAGGCUUAAGCUUGGAGAUCGCAGCCGCCACGAUUGAUCCGAGCAGCUGGAGCGGCAGCGAGAGCCCUGCCGAGGACAUGGAGAGGAUGAGCGACUCUGCAGAGAAACCCAUGGACAAUGAUGCUGAGGGAGUGUGGAGUCCUGACAUUGAACAGAGCUUCCAGGAGGCCCUGGCCAUCUAUCCUCCUUGUGGACGCAGGAAAAUCAUCCUCUCUGAUGAGGGAAAGAUGUAUGGUCGAAACGAGCUGAUCGCCAGAUACAUAAAGCUGCGCACUGGAAAAACGAGGACUCGGAAACAGGUGUCUAGUCACAUACAGGUCUUAGCAAGAAAGAAAGUUCGAGAAAUCCAAGCUGCCAUUAAGGUGUCUAGUCACAUUCAGGUUCUUGCCAGAAGGAAAUCUCGUGAAUUUCAUUCCAAGCUAAAGGUUACAAGCAUGGACCAAGCCGUGAAGGACAAAGCCCUCCAGAGCAUGGCCUCCAUGUCCUCCGCUCAGAUAGUCUCCGCUACUGCGAUUCACAACAAACUCGGGCUGCCAGGCAUCCCGCGCCCAGCCUUCUCUGAAGCAGGGUUGUGGCAGGGAAUGAUAUCCACUGGUCAGCCAGGACCAUCACAAGACAUUAAGCCUUUCACCCAGCAAGCCUAUCCUAUCCAGCCAGCAGUCACAUCAGCCAUUUCAAACUAUGAGCCAGCCCAACCUCCCACAGCACCAGCAUGGCAGGGCCGCUCGAUUGGUACGUCUAAACUCAGAUUAGUGGAGUUCUCCGCUUUCCUUGAGCAACAGAGAGAUUCAGACACAUACAACAAGCACCUCUUUGUACAUAUCGGAGAGACAAAUCAUUCCUACAGUGAUGCCCUGCUGGAGUCAGUGGACAUUCGACAGAUUUAUGACAAAUUCCCAGAAAAGAAGGGUGGAUUGAAGGAGCUGUAUGGCAAAGGGCCACAGAAUUCAUUCUUUCUCAUAAAAUUCUGGGCUGAUUUAAACUGCAACAUUCAAGAUGAUUCUGGGUCCUUCUAUGGCGUCAAGAGUCAGUAUGAGAGCUCAGAGAACAUGACCAUCAUGUGUUCCACAAAGGUCUGUUCUUUUGGCAAACAAGUGGUUGAAAAAGUGGAGAUUGAGUAUGCACGGUUUGAGAACGGGCGUUUUGUCUAUCGGAUAAACCGGUCGCCCAUGUGUGAAUACAUGAUCAACUUCAUCCAUAAAUUAAAACAUCUGCCAGAGAAAUAUAUGAUGAACAGUGUGCUGGAGAACUUCACUAUCUUGUUGGUGGUGACGAACAGGGACACACAGGAGACUCUGCUGUGUAUGGCAUGCGUGUUUGAAGUUUCAAACAGUGAGCACGGUGCCCAGCAUCACAUUUACAGACUGGUAAAGGAAUGAACGUCCCACAGUCCUCUUUUUUUCCUCCCCACUGACUUUCCAACCUCAAAACAAGUGGCAGUGCCUCUGCGUAAAAUUCACACGUGCAAAUGCUUUGUGUUCAUGGUUUUGGGUGAUGUUAGUUGUUAUAAGUUUCAGUGUGUGUUUUACAAAUGCAGCUGUGAAUUGCGGUACAGUUGUUUUAUGUUUAAAAAAGGUAUUCUCUCUUUUUUUAAAUGUACUGAGUUGGUGUUUGUUGGAUGUACUCAUGUAGUCGUUCAUAAAGAAUUUACUAGAUUAAUUUGUUUAACAGAAUUAUGUAUGUUGUCUCCUUUAUUACAUACAGUAAGAAGAAAAAAGGAUGCUGGUCUGUCCUACCUGUGGCCGGAUGUGGUCUCUGUAAUAUGUUUGUGUUUUGUAUGUCUGUUAUUCAUAAUUUGUCAACAUACAUGCUCUUGAUGUACAGACGUACACCCUCAGCCAGUAGAGGUUCCAAAGAAACGAAACACAACACUAUAAAGAGCUGCUUAAAGCAAACGUACGGAGUUAAUUUUGUCUCUUGACAGAACGCUGUGUUUAAGAAAACCUUAUAGGAAGGUGACAAAAAUGAACAAUGUGAGUGUUCGUUACAAAUGAAAAUCUGCUCAACAGCACCCCCUGUACGCCAAACUGAUUCAUGCAUGUAAAUCAUUACUGUUCAAACAUCAUGUCACAUCCAAAACCAUGAGCUUUUUGUUUUGUUUAAACAAAAGUACAAACAAUCAGGGGGUCCAAUCUCACACUGGGAUUUUUUUCCCUUUAACUUAAAAGAUUAUGUUGCUGAGCUUGAACCGUUUUCUCACUCUGAAGCACUCUCAAAUGGUUGUGUGACUAAAUUAAUUCCAUGCUAGAGAUCGUGGAUGUGAAUAUUGUCAAAUUAGUACUGUUUUGGGUUUUUUUUUUUUUUUGGCUGUUAUUUUCUUGAAUAUAUAAACCAGUUUAAGCACUCCAGGUCUUACACUAACAGAUCAAUGAUUGCACUGUGAAGAUAUUACAAACUCAGACUUACUGCCUGUGUCGGCAGCUUUGUGCCGCAAACUGCUUCUGUAACACAACUUUCAGCUUGUCGAAAAGCACUUUUACCCCUUCUGGACUUGCCUUAGUGAAACUUAUAUUUUCUGUUUGAUCUGUGACAUUUAGAACAGGAGUCAAAAAUGAUGACAGCACAGACAUUGUUAAGUAUGCUGUGGCUUUCUCCCUGAAUGAUAACAUCUUAGUUUUAGUUUUUUUUUAUUAUUAUUAUUAUUGUCACUCUGGGUAUUGCAGUGUAAACUCUUAAAAUGCCUGAGUGUUGCUGCCUUUAUGCUCACAGUAUGUUCACAUGUUUCUGUGGCCUUAAACAUGUCAUAAUCGUGAGAACUCCCAAAACAUGCCACUAAAACUGUGACUUUAAUUUUUGCAUUGUGUGAGAAAUUCACAACGCAAUCUGCCAAAGUGUAAGUGUACAGUGCCUUAGGAUAUAUUCGUCAUGACCCUUUGGGUUAACUCUAAAAUCAGUUUUGCAGAACAAACAAAAAAAAAAGGUGUAUCAUUUGUUGUAAUUGUUCCAAUCCAAGCAAUGCAGUUCCCUUUUUUCUUUGAAAGGCCAUACACUUAUGUUAAAUUAAGUUUGCAACUGUUUUAGCUCUGAAACAGUUUUAAAAUUUUAAUACAAGUUGUCUCUAACUUGGUAAUGUAUUAAUAAAAUAUCAUCUUUUUUGUUAGUGUGCAAUCUGUACACAGAUCGAUUGCCUUUCCUGCUGUAAAAGACCAAAAAUACAAAGAUACAGUCAAUGUCAUGUCCUGCGUGGUAGCAAGGAAGUGCCUUUGGUUUUUAAAAAAGUUCCAGCAUCAAAGAGAUCAGACAGAAUUUAAAAAUGAAAUGUUGCUAAACCAAAAAUAUAAAUAAAAAAUAAAUAAAUAAAAAACUAAAGUGACACAGAAGUGAAACCAGUCACCACAUUGCCUUUUUAAAGGUUUAAAGAAAGUAUGAAACCUGGAUAUUAAAAAAGAGCAAAUAAAUAAAUAAUAUAUACUAAUUUUAAUUGCAAAUUGAGUUUAAAAUUAUGUAUUUGAAGAACAAAAUGAGUGAAUUGUUAGAGACGUAAAGACCUGCUGAUAUGUACAGCCGCUGACUGCAUGCAGGACUGCAACUGUUAAAAACUGCAGCUGUCUUAAUGUUUUGUGUGCACUUGCAGGUACAAGUGUUUGUAAAAGGGUUCAGAAACAUUGUGGUUUCCUCUUUCCCAGGACCACGUACUCACGUGGCGAGACGGCUGCAGACAUGUUACAGUUUCACAGGGAUGCCUUUGAUAGGUGAUGGCCAAGCAGAAAGCAGGCGCGGCUUUCCAUGUUUACCUUUCACAACACAAAGUGGCAGAAAAUACAUUUGAUAGUACAAUCAGACAUACAGUACUAAUGCAGAAUCCUUAUAAUGUAUUUUCAUGAAGAGAAUAUUUAUACACAAAGUCUUUGUUGAAGGUACAAGUGAAAACACAAUCUGAAUUUGAUUCUAAAACCAUGGAUUUUCAGUAAAGUGCUAGUGUGAACAAGGCCGUAAGGGUUAAUACUUAUCGUCACGACCGCAGCUUCACAAGCAUUUAAUAUUUCUUACAAAUCUAUAAUUAUCCGAAGUAUUUUAAUUUUGAUUGUGGACAAUAUCUCUGGUGGAUGCAGAUAAAGUUUAAUUGUUCAGUAUUUAGCCACAGUCCUGUGGACUUCUAAUGGGCUUUUCUUAUGUUUACCCCAUGUAUCUGUUCACAUGUAUUAAUUACUUAGAUGUUCCUGUUUUAUUAUUGUAUUUGUGCACAGCAUUUUGUGAUUGUCUGUAUAUUACUAGCCCUAUGAGAUGGUAAUGUUACUGCUGCACGCCUGGUGCACUUUGACUUUUGGACACUAAAACAGCAGGACUGGUGCUUUUGGUGGCAUGAAUGAUGGAUCAGAACAUUCUGUUGAAUAUUAAUAGUAACAGCUAAGUCAAGAUAUCAUGCUGCAAACAUAUCGUCAGUUUAGACCUUAUUUGUAAUUUUGUCAAAGAGUAGGUACUUGUACCUAUUUUGGCUUUAAUGGGACACUAAGUGCACAGUUUAUCAAACACAUGUUUGGGUUUUGUGUGCAGACUGUUUUGUAAAAAGGUGCUUUGUGUGUAAAAUUAUAUCUUGGCUUUUCUUGUUACAGACAUGUGAUAUCUUUUCAUAUCCAUCACAGCAAAAUUUUGGAGCACAAGAGAGAAAAGUGAGCUAAUUGUGUUCUGUAUAUGGUCUUGUCUUUGCUCCGUAAACAUUAUGGCGCCUUCAUAAUGAUGAUAGUAGAUAUUUUGUAGCUUUCUAGAUACUUUCUAUGUAUGCAACAUUGAAGUUAAAUAAAUCUCAGAAAAUAU